AUGUUCGCUGUGACGAUUUGUAAAGAAUUCGUUUGCGAUAAAUUCGCUAAAUACAUUGGAGUAGAUGUCAACGAUAUUCAUGUCGACGAUAUACUAAUCAUUGGAUUCGGCGGAAGCGGUGGUGGAUUUCGAGCUAUGAUAGCUACAACAGGCUAUGUUUACGGUUUGAAAAAAUUGGAUUGUAUGAUUAUGGAACAUACUUUGGAGAAGCGACUCGACCAUCACAUUGCCAAUCCACAUGCGGUUAUCAAAUCGUUUACGGCUAUCACAUCGCCCGAACAGGCCGUUGAAUUGGUCUUGGUUCAGACGGGGUUGGGCACGGUAUUAUUGAUGUCUACGGCGCGACGCGUUGUUGGCCGCCCAGACUUUUGCUUGGCGAUGAUCCAGAUUUCCUCCAACCGGAAGAAGCAGCUCAAGUUCCAAACUAUGAAGGUAUUGAAAGAGCACCGAAAAUUAAAGGAUCAUUAUAGAAGGUUUGAAUUUACUCCAUUCGAGAUUGGAUGUGAUGAGUUCCCCGCAAAACUUUGGAUCAGAGAUGGGGUAACGUCUAGUCAAAUCAUUGAACAGGGCAUCUUUACUGCUCGACGUGGAAUCAACAAUACCAGGCGAGAUGAUCUUAGUAGCAAGUAUUUGGAACAGCUACGUCUUGCAUUAACUAGCGAAGUUAGGCAGGUUUUGAGCGACGAAUCUUUAUGCGAGAUGAUGGAGACUGGUUUGAGCAUGUGUUGUCAAAUGCGCCUUAGUGAAAUGCUUGGACGUUCAGCGGAGCAUACAAUGGUUGUUAUUAUUCAAACAAUGUUCCAGAGGCUUAAACAUUUGAGUGAAGAUUCGGGAACUUCACCUGAUAAUGAAGACGAAGGGAAUAGCAAUACGCCAUCUUUCGAUUCUCAAGUACGAAUGGCGCCGCCUGACCCUAAAUCGCCUCAUCUUCCUCUUCCUCCAAUGAGAAUUCAAGAGAAUACUGAAGAGAUUGAACACGUAAGCGCACUGAACGACGUCGGUGAUCAAACUGAUCGUUUCUUUGUUACUAAGAUGUUCACUCGAGUUACUUAUCAAUCAAUUCGUAUAAUAGCUGCCCUUCUCGAUCUAACCGAUGAGGAAGAAGAUAAUGAUGCAAUGCGUCUUAUGGCCUUGAGUAUUCUCAAUGUUGCUUUUGAAGCUGGUGGUCGAACAAUGGGUCUAUUCGAAAGUCUGAGAAACCUCGUCGUCGACGAUCUAGAGAAUAUUACUUUACUUACUCUCACUCUCCGCACAAUAUCAACUGUAUUUGGUACACUUCGACCACCAUAUUUGAAGCUUCAACAAGAACUCAAUCUAUCCCUUGAUAGUAACGAUGCAUCAGGGACCUCAAUGCCACUCAGUACACUACGUGAUAAAUCUAUUCGUGGAAGUAGUGACGCUACAGUUGCUACCGGAGAAGUGCACGAGCUACUCCUCGAAUCUAAUCUAUUCGAAGACGUUGUCGCGUUUUUAAGCAAAGUACGUUCUGUAACUGAUUUAGUGGGUAAGAGGGAGUGA